CUCUUUGAUAUUCAUUCUACCUAGCAUUCAGCUGCAGCCGUAUCGUGCUAACAUCAUGCCCGACCUCAAGAAACAGGAUUUACACUCCAGCCUUGGCGAUUACUAGAACUUACCGUCAAACCCGCCGACAGGUAUGGCCUCCCAACGCAGCCGCAGUGCCCGAGGCCCCGGACGUGGCAACGGCGGGAACCAGGGCGAGGAGCUGGAUCUCUGGAAUGCCUCCAAAAGUGACAUACACAAGCUGGUGGAAAUGAUCAACAGCAGCAGCGACGACAUGCGCGCCAUCGGAGCACAGGACAGCUACAUGGCAAAGAACAAGGGGAGCUACGAUCCGCAGGCCGAGGAAGACAAGCUGGAGGCAUUAUUCCGCGGAGGGGUCCGGGAUACCGAAAAUAUCAAGCAGAAGCUCGACGAAACCAUGCACAAACUCAUCAUGGUCAGGGCGAUACAGAAGAGCAAGGAAGAGGCCGAGGCCGCGGCUGGAGGCGGCUCGGGACCGUCGACCAGGGAGCGGUCCGGGGGAUCCAUGUCCGGCACGGGGAGAUCGGGCUCGGUCCGUGGAGCGGGCGCAAAAGACCGCGAGCGCGAGCGCGAAAAGGAGAAGGAGCGAGACAAGGAUAAAGACAAAGAUAAAGAAAAGGACAAGGAGAAGGAAAAAGAGAAGGAGAAGGACAAAGAAAAGGAGAGGGACAGAGAUCCCUCGUCUCUCUACGACUUCGACGGGGGUGGCGACUCGCCCGUCCCGUCGCCGUUGGGCAGCCACACGAGGAAGCUGGGCGGCGGGGCGGGGAGCGACCGCUCGGGCACCCGGGAUAGUCUCCCGCCGCGCGACAGCAUGCCGCCGGACCUCCCGGCCAGCGCGGCCGCCACGCAGCGCUCCAAGGUGAACUUCGUCAAGGGCCAGGACGUUGUCUUCAAGCCGAAGCCGACGCCGACCAACGACAACCCGGACUGGUUUCUCGGGCGGGUGCAGCAGGUCCUGGGCGAGGGCAAGUCCAGGCGGUACAAGGUGCAGGACGCCGACCCCGACGUGGCGCCCGAGGACAGGAUCGAGUACCGGACCAGCGCGAGCAGCAUGAUCCCCAUCCCCGCCGAGGGCGCCGAGCUGCCGGGGCUCGACAAGGGGAGGAUCGUGCUGGCGCUGUAUCCCGAUAGCACCACCUUCUACAAGGCCGAGGUCACGGACAUGGACGCCACGACGGGGAAGGUCAACCUCAGGUUCGAGGGCGAGGAGAACAGCGGGACCCUGCAGGUUGUUGACAGGCGGUUUGUUGUCGAGUACAGGAGCUGACUCGGACGGUAAGGGGGACUUGGGGUCCCCCCUUGCUUUGAUUUUGCCUUCUUUUUUCUUCUCUACUCUCUUUAUUUUCAACCCCAUUUGCUGGCUCUCAAUUUGGGUGAACCCAGC